UUAUGACCUCAUCAGGAGGAGGGGUUUAGUGUCCAGACUUUCUCCUGUGUUUCCCUGGACAUGGCAACUCCCGGCCCUGUGACUCCGGAGGCACCUUUUAAACCGUCGCAGCCUCCGGUCAUUGAAGGCUUUAACCCCAGUGUCCACAUCCACCAAGAAGGCUUCAAGGAAAAAUUCCUUCGCAAGACUCGCGAGAACCCAAUGGUACCCAUAGGCUGCCUGGGCACUGCGGCCGCCCUCACCUACGGCCUCUACUGCUUCCACCAAGGCCAUAGCCAGCGCUCCCAGUUCAUGAUGCGCACCCGAAUUGCCGCUCAGGGCUUCACGGUCGCAGCCAUCUUGCUGGGUUUAGCUGCAUCUGCUAUGAAGUCUCGAUCCUGAGCUCACUGCCGGGGCAUAGCAGCUCUGCGGUGAUCAUCCCAAAACCCAGGACUACCAGCUGUGCCAAGAGACUUACUCCCUCCUCUGCCAGGCUUCUGUGUUUGUGUAACUGAGAUUUUUUUCGGAAAUACAGAUUCGUUUCAGUUUAGGCGUUACAAAUACUUCUGUUUGUGGCGCACCUCCUCCACUCCCUACACAAUAAAAUGUAAUUCAUUUAGA